CUCUUCAGCUAGAAACACCGUUUUCAUAUAACACCUUUAAAAAGUGAGUUUUUAUCUUUAAGUAAAAACUCAGGUGAAUCUGAAACAUGUCCGGAGACUCCUGGGCUGUGUCUGUGGACGUGCAGGAGACUUCAACUGCCUGCUCACAGUUGGACUUCCUAAAGAAAGUGGACCCGUGUCUUCCUGCUGGGAUCAGAGGGACAGACAUCAAUGGCAACAUAGAGCCGCAGACGGAUGUGUCUCUGGGGGGGGGGUCCUCCUUCAGACCCGGCGGAGCAGUCUCUGCUCAACAAGCUGAUCCGGAGGUCUCUGGUGAGGAACAGGAACCAGGUGGAGGUUCUGCAGAGAGACCCCAGCUCCCCCCUGUUCUCUGUGAAGACCUUCGAGGAGCUGCGUCUGAAGCCAGAGCUGCUGCGAGGUGUUUACUGUCUCGGCUUCAACCGCCCGUCUCGCAUCCAGGAGAACGCUCUGCCCAUGAUGCUGGCCCAGCCUCCUCAGAACCUCAUCGCUCAGUCUCAGUCAGGAACAGGAAAGACUGCAGCGUUCUCUCUCGCCAUGCUGAGCCACGUGAAGCCAGAGAACCACUGGACUCAGUGCCUGUGCAUCGCCCCCACCUACGAGCU